AUGUGUAUAUGGAGAGGAUUUAGGAGGAAUUGUGCUGAAUUGCGGUGUUUGGCUCUGCAGGUCUCAUGGCGGCGCUUGGUGGUGCGCAAGUGGCUCAACUUGGCAAAGAGCGAUUCCGAUUACUCUGCCGACACUGAGUCGGGUUCCGGCUCAGAUUCGGAGCAGGACCCAACUCUUCCCAAAUUAAGACGACGCAACUCGGAGACAUUUAGAGCUCAGUAUAUAAACAAUAAGGAAAUCAGGGUAUGCGCCGCCACAUGGAAUGUUGGGGGAAGGGUUCCUCCCGAUGAUCUGGAUGUCGAUGGCUGGUUAGAUAUUGAUGACCCUGCUGAUAUUUAUGUAAUUGGCCUGCAGGAGAUCAUUCCGUUAAAUGCCGGAAAUAUUUUUGGUGCUGAAGAUAGCCGUCCGAUCGCCAUAUGGGAAAACAUAAUUCGUGAAGCUCUUAACAGAGUUCAACCAGUAACUAAGUUCAAAAGCUUCAGUGACCCUCCUUCUCCAUCAAGGUUCAAGCCAGAUGAAGAUGCCCCAGAUAUAGAAGACGAAAUCCUACUCGAAUCUGAGAGUGAUAUUGGUGAAGAAAUCUACCCGUUGAAUGAGGAGCCAAAUGUCUUUUCCGAAACUGAUGGGGAAUUAGUUGAAGGAAGAACUGAUGUCUCUUUCUUUAAAGAUGAGGGCCAGCCAGUGGAACCAGAUCUGGCCAGGCAAUUUUCUUCUCCCAAGAGGCUGGACAGAUUGAAUUGCCUAAGGACAGAAGAGGAUGGAGAAAAUAACGAAGGCCCAAAUUCUCAGUACAAUCGUAAAUUAAUUAAAACAUUUAGUGGGACAGAGAGGAUAGGAUUGAGCUGGCCAGAGCCACCACUUCAUCUUCUGCCUAAGCAUGUCCUGGAGAAGCCUAAUUCUUUUCAGUCUUAUAAAUCUUUCAAAAGUUCAAAAUCUUUCAGGACGUACAACUCUUUCAAGUCCAACGUGAUGGGUGAAAAUAGAAUGAGGCCUGACAUAGGGUCACUUUUGGAAGUUGACCUUGAGUCCAUAAUCAACAGGAAAAGGCGUCCGCAGUAUGUCAGAAUAGUAAGCAAGCAAAUGGUCGGGGUAUUUAUCACUGUAUGGGUCCGCAGGAGCUUGCGCCGGCAUAUACAGAACGUGAACGUGUCUACUGUUGGUGUUGGUGUCAUGGGCUAUAUUGGCAACAAGGGAUCAAUAUCAGUUAGCAUGUCUGUGCAUCAGACACUGUGCUGUUUCAUCUGUAGUCAUCUAACAUCGGGAGAGAAAGAUGCGGAUGCAGUCAAGAGAAAUGCAGAUGUCUAUGACAUUCAUAGACGGACACGCUUCAAUUCUCUCUCCGUUAUAGGGCUCCCAAGAAGAAUAUAUGAUCAUGAGAGAAUAAUUUGGCUGGGGGACCUAAAUUAUCGCAUCAAUUUGUCUUAUGAUCAGACACGAAACCUGAUUUCCAGAAAGGACUGGUCCAAGUUACUCGAGGCGGAUCAGUUAGGCAAAGAGUUUAAGAAAGGCCGUGCAUUUGAUGGGUGGUCUGAAGGGACUCUGAACUUCGCUCCAACUUACAAGUAUGAGUUGAAUUCUGAGUCGUACAUCGGCGAGGAUCCAAGAGCUGGGAGAAGAACACCAGCUUGGUGCGAUCGCAUUCUAAGCUUUGGGACGGGAAUAAGGCUGCUCAACUAUAGGAGAUGUGAAGUCAGGUUAUCGGACCACCGGCCAGUGACAGCCACGUAUAUGGUGGAAGUUGAAGUAUUCUCUCCUAGGAAGUUGCAAAGAGCUCUCACUUUCACUGAUGCCGAGGUUGAACAUGAGGAUAUUAUCACGGAUGUGGGGCUUGGUUCCGGGAUGGGGCUGCUAAGAUCAGGAGAGGAUGCAUCAUAUUGGGAGCGUUAA